AUGCGGAUAAACUUUGAAGACAUGAUGCUAACCUAUAGGGGUGGAAAAAGAUGCUGGCACAAGCGGGGACACUGCAGGAAAGUCUGCAAAGCUGAUGAAGUGGUCAAAUCAACCUGUAAAAAGCAUCAAGCCUGCUGUGUUUCAGUCAAGAAAGACAACAAGCAAGUGGCCAUUAACAAGAAAAUUCCCAUCACUACACCUUCAAAUUUUAUUGAGUACUAUGUAACAGUAGUGCCCACUACAGUCAAAUUUGACAUAGACAUCACGAACAAAGAAGAUGAAAAUUAUGCCACGGAAGUGGGAACUCUGACCCCUAACACAGAAGUCCAUCAAAGUUCUUGA